AUGCAAGCGAUCAAGGAUCUCAGUGGAGAAAUCGUGACCGUGGAGAUGCAUUACAAGUGCACACUGGACAAAAAGACAUACCAGGACCUCCUGCUCAAACACGGCCAACUCUCCACAUUCCUGAACCACGCAAUCCAACAUGCUUUCCAGCACUUUCAACAUAUGAUCUACGAGCAUGGGAACAAAUGCUGUAGACUACUCGGGAACCUCCUAAAACAGCACAGGACCCAACUAUAUAUCCCAAAAAUCAAAGACUCCAUGCAACAAAUCCAGCACUUUCCCGACCGAAUCUCAGCAACGUUCCUACAGUACUAUCAGGGAUUAUACCACAUACGUCGAGGCGAACAGUGA